AUGGGUGUCAUCAUUGAUCCAUCUGGAUUUGGAGUUUAUGUCGGUAUGCUGCGUCGCAUUGGGAAUCAUGAAAUGAAAGAGAUCAAGACAUUGGAGAAACAAUUUCAAUCUGAAGUGGCUGAAAAAAUGUUUCGACUCACCAAGGAGAAAUUCAGUGAUGAUAAUCGAAAACAAGCAUUGGACGACCUGCUGCAGCAAACCAAUGUACGCUUAUGUCAACAGGAGAAUGAUGAAGAGUCGCAUAAAAGACGUAGAGGCAAGAAAAGCAGCAUGCAAUCACUCUCGUUAGACAUGCUCAAGCGUGUCACUGAUGUUGACGUGUAUCUAGACAAUAUGUUGCGUCGUAAAGCUGCUGCGGAUGCAACUAGCCAACAGAAGUUUGUCAAACCCAUUUCAUCGCAGGAGAUUGCAGAGACCGAUUCGAAACUUCGCAAUCAGUUGACACGAUUUCUAGUGUCAUCACAAAAAAGCAGGCAUCACUCGAGGCUCAAGGUGAUAACUUGGGUCAUCUGUAGUAUCAUGGCGAAGACGUAUGCCUUGCUACUAAGCGAUGACAAACUCCCUGAUGACGACGGCAUAGAAGAGGACAAGCCGAAGGCUGCCAAUAAACUAGCUGAAAGUGACAAGGAAGAGUGUGAUUGUUGCUGUGUGGGUAAGGACUCUUGCACCUGUCCUUGUACUUGCAAAUGCCAUGUGGAGUCGAGUGAUGAAGAAGACGAGAAUAGCGAUUGUCAAGACAAGGCAGCAAAGGUAGAUGUGGAACCGGAAACCUCUGGCAACGUUGGCAGUUUUCCUGUUAUGCCGACAGACUCGUUUGCCAGCAGGCUAGGAAAAAUCAUCCCAGAAGUGACUGUGACGCUUGAAGAAGUGACAACCGAGGUGGAGAGAUUUUUGAGCUCUCAACAAUCACGUGACAAUCAGCCGCAUACAGCGAAAGACGUGCUUUUGGUGUUGUCGUCCCUCGAAAACCACUUGAUUAGCAAGUUCUCGGUCACGUGCAGCAGUGUUUCUUGGGCGGGACGACGAUCCGUACUAGAACUAUUGUCUCAUAUCCUAAGCGACACGGAGGACGCACAUAGCAAAGACGAAACCAGUGCAAGCACGUGGCUGCGUAGCCUUAUGCGUUCUUCAGAAAGGAGUGAUAACGACGCGAUCUCACUGAAAGUUAUCAGCGAAAAGCGCCUACUAGAAGAAGUGAUGCCAUUUGUUCGAGAAUGCCGCGCUGUCAUCUCUUCAUCUUCUUCGUUGUCUUCACUUUCCAGUGAAAAGCAACACCAAUGGAUAACACACCGAGUUUCCGUGCAGCUUGGAUGCAGUCGCACGGAAGAGCGUGAACUUCCGAGUGCUGAAGAACUGGUUCGACUCGUGGAUCAGCAACCUCACGAAGAAGCGACUUCGAUAAUCAAGUACAUCGGCAGUUUGGACCUUAACCAUGGCAGCGGCAGCUUUGACGUCGCAGUCACGCGGGAAGGUGCAACAGGUGAGUCCAUGCAGUUCUUGACGGAGCAAGCUCUUGAAAAAUUGUGCAAAUGUCCGUACUUGAUUGAUGUAUCGCUUUAUAUGGAUUGGCACGAGCGGUAUGCUCCUAUGUGUGGGUCAUUGCUCUCGUUUAUUCGUGUGCAUGAAAUGAUUUUACUUGAUCAUGCACCGUCAAACAACUGUAUGUUUGUGUGCUGUUUAGACGGAACGAUUUUGCGUGUUAAUGAGAAAUCGACACCGUCUGAUCUCGAAUUGUUGCUUGCACGAGCUCAACAAGAGCAAACCCUUGUUGCCGCCAGCCAAGUGGCAGUUCACUUAGUGUCGAUGAUGGUGACGUGCAAGAGUCAAGCAAAUUUCCCGAAGCAACUUGUUCAAGCUCAUCUACGUGCUCACUUGUUGAGCUUCGCCAAGGACUGGAUGGCUGACAGCUGGCGACCUCGCUUUGUUUUGGAGGUGCUUAUGGAAACGCCGGUCGAGUUUGCAGAAUGCAUCAUGUCGUUACUAUUAGGUAUAGUCGGACAGGAUGGGCCGGGGUUCUCGAACGAUUGGGGCACUGCAGAUAAGAUCUGGAAGGCUUGCCACAGCGAUGCUGAAAGAAAAGCCCUUGUGUUCAUAUCUAACCGAAGCUCGUCGCCGCUGUGGGCGAACCAAACGGAGCAGUGGCGCACUAUGCGUGAGAACCUGACGGUUGCGGUCGUGGAGGAUGAUGCUGGUGGUUCUACUGGUACCGGUAGAGAUGUGACUGAGACCAAGUCUGCAUCUCCGACUGAUGCAAGCAAUAGCAAUGACAAAGAUGACAGCAUGACAUCUAACUUCCUGGACACUUCUGAUUCUGAAGUGGCGUUGGCCAGCUUCUCAAACGAGCUACUUGACCAAGAUAUUGAAGAUGGGCCCUCUACUGAGAGCUUGACUAGCGCUAAUUCGCGUCAUUUGUUUAUUGAAGACUUGCGUAAGAAGCAGUUUGGCGUUGGACUUCAAAUUCAUGACGAGGCAACGACAUCAGUGCUGCUAAUUCAGCAGCAACGGCUGGAGCGUGCACUCAAGCGGCUUAGCGAUGAGCUCUACAGCGAGAGCACACACUUCGUUCUCGAGCUGUUGCAGAACGCAGAUGAUAACGCUUAUGACGAUGCUGUGAUUCCACUUGGUGAUUUUUCGUUGACAGCCGACAAGGAAAUUGUCUUUUACAACAAUGAACGGGGAUUCUCACCAGAAAAUAUUCAAGCGAUAUGUGAUGUGGGUGCAUCUACGAAGGCGGCAAUAAGCUCGGAGGCAAGUAUAGGCAAAAAAGGUAUUGGCUUUAAGAGCGUAUUCAAGGUAUCCGACAACCCGCAGGUACAUUCGAACGGUUUUCACAUUUGUUUUCACGCGAAGACUUCGCAGCACGGCAAUGGUAUGGGGUAUAUCUUGCCGUACUGGCUAAACGACACCACUCAGUGGAAACAGCGUCGUGGUACGACAUUUGUGUUACCGUUGAACGAAACAUCAAUGCAUAGGGUGGAUGAAAUUUCGCAGUCACUCCUGGCAUUCGAGCCGUCUGUAUUGCUCUUUCUUCGACGUAUUCGCGAGCUUCGCCUUCGCGAUUUGGCUCGGCAGCACACGCUUCACUUUCUUAAGAGAGAGAAGAAGUUGCAACCAAACACGCUUAUUGUUCAGCUGCUUUCACGAGUAAAGAAAAGCGAGAAUAGCGUGGAUGUGGUGAAGCAAAACUGGCUGGUUGUGAAGGCGAAACUGGAAUCGCCGCCGUUAUUCACUCAUGGCCGUCCGACCGAGAUAGCGCUUGCGCUUCCUGUUGCAGGGCAUCAAAAGGAUUCCAGCGAGCGAAGCGACCGACCACCACUUCAACAAGUUUUUGCGUACUUGCCACUGCGGUCUUAUGGGUUCCGAUUUAUUCUACAGGGAGACUUUGAAAUUCCGAGCUCAAGAGAAGCUAUUACAAACGGAAGUGAGUGGAAUGAGUGGCUUGUAUCCAAAUUCCCACCGCUUGUACGCGCAGCCGUGAGCAACUACAUCUUCACGGUUGAAAAAGACGAAACGAGCGACGGUCAAAUGAGCGGCGAAAACGUAAUUGCUGCAAUCUCACACUUAAUUUCGCUACUGCCUCUCGAAAACGAGGUGCAAGCUCCUUUCCGGAGCAUAAUUCCGGAGAUUAUGCGUGAGCUACGCCAAGUAAAGUGGCUAGCCGGUGCUUUCUUUACGCCAUCUUCAUCCGUGGAAAAACUGCUUAUGCCAUCAGACUUGAUUGAUUGUGUGGAGUUGACGGGGAACGAAGUCAGUGGAAACAUGACAGCAUUGUUGGGAGCUCUCAGCGAAGACGUCAUAACGUCGACGUUUAACAAGCGCUUCCUACAUCCUGCCCUUUCUCGAGACAUGCCGAUAUCGAUGAAAAAGCAGCUACGGAUUGAGCAGCUUCAUUCAUCUCAUUUGAUGCGGGUUUUAUCGCUAUCGGCGAAAAUGAAUGACAUCCACUGGACGGUGAAGAUUCUUGCACUUCUCACAAAGCUUUGGCGAAAGGACUGCCAUUCUAAAUUACUUUGGCAGGAACUUCGGUUAAUUAAGUGCUUCCCGCUUCAACAAAGGCGCAGCAUGGACGGUAAUAUUAGGUGGAUAUCGCUAGCUGAAGGCCACGACACACUUUUUGUAUCUGGUGUCCAAGCGGGCGACACUAAUUCCAGUCGUGGAGAAUCGUACGAAUUUUACGGAGACCUUCGCAUUCUGGAUGACAGAUUCACGCAGGCUGUUUCCAAGAGCCCGAAGCUACGGACAUUCCUGACAAAUGAUGUGGGCAUCCACGUGAUGGAAGACCACGAAUUGAUUCGGCACCAUAUCUUUCCGAAGAUGACGAUGUUGCGUUCACCUACUGACGAUUUGAGCGAUUGUAAUACUGCAGAGCUGGACGUCAGGGUGGUGAUUGAGUACGGGCAGUUUCUAUCGUCGCAUCUGGUCUCUUGCUCAAAUUGUCCGAUGCACGCAGAUGUGAAAGCCAACAUGGUUGUUGCAGCGACCGACGGUCGCGUUCUCACCGUUGGCGUGUCUAACGUGUUCGUAGUCCUGCCAUCCACGUUCAAGGAUAUGUCCCAGCUAGUUUCGUGGAUCACAACGAAGACGAAGACUUCCAAGCUAGAUGAAAGCGCUUUUGGUAUUGUGUCAGGCGAAUAUUUUUCCGACAACGAUAGCAAGACUGAAAUGGUGUUGAAGAACUCGGUGGAUAAAAAAUGGCAGGAGUUGCUGGUGGAUGUUUGUGAGUUGCCUCUACUGUUUGACACUGCAAGUCUCAUCUUAGACCCAUGUUCACAGGCAGGAAUGAAGCAGGUUCUCGAGUGGAUCGAAGGUGAGGAUGAUAUUGCCGUGAAACGCAAUAUUUCCAAGCAUUUGGCAGAGCACUUGGACAAACACUGGAGAGCAAACGAGAGUAAACUCAACUCCGAAAGCUUUGAUUCUGCUUUUACCACUAGCAAUCAGGCGGAUACUUUUGACUGGUGGCGUCAAAACAACUGGCUGGAAGGAUCCGAUGGGAACUUUCACCGCUCGAUUGAUCUAUAUUUGUCGACCGAGACGAUCACUCGUUUGUUCACACCGGCCAUGGUUACGUUCGCCACAAUGACGUGGAAGAACAAAGAUUUCUCCGAACGGGUCCUUGGUAUGAAAGCGGACGCAACUGUGUUUGAUGUGCUUUCAACUAUCUCGAGUCUCUCUGUUGACUCAACGUUGGUGUAUGCACUAGAAAUUGACCAAAUGAUCCGAAUGUACACGUUCUUGUGGGAACAAAGUCAGCAGUCUGAUGCUUAUCGUGACGAAAUCAUGAAAGCGUUCUCGUGCAAAAUGAUGCUGUUUGUUCCAGCUGAGGCACAUACAUCAGGAAAGGAAACUCGAAACCACUUCGCUGGUAUAAAGAAUGCGGUAUGGUCAUCGACAGCGCACAACGGAGAGCUGUUUUCGCUAGAGACCCAGUAUCCGAAGACAUUAUCCGCCUUCUUCACUGAGGUAUGCGGUGUACAACGAAAACCAUCGAUCUCAUUCUUGUGUGAAAUGAUCACUAGACAAGCAUCCUUCUUGAGCACUCAUGGUAGCAACAAACGGAGCGCGUCCGAGAAAACCAAGUUGUGGAAAAAAAAGCUGUUACCACUUCUGUGCGCACUAGCCAAGAAAGUGAAAAAGCGCUCGCUGUCGAAGAAAGAGACUAAGACGAUCAGGAAGACUAUAAAGUCAGCUCCUUGGCUGCCAGCACGAUGCAUGAAUGGAUUUCAAAAUGGUCUAGUGUUUUGUAGAUUAAAAGACCAGCCUGUAUUAGCGACGACGGAGAACGAAAAGAAGCUGCAGAAGUUGAUGUUGUCUCUCACUACGGAGAUUUCCGCAGACCAUGAUGUCAGCCUAUACGAAGACGAAAAGAACAAGGACGGAGAGGAUGUCAAAAUGGUUCAGCUUGAUGCCUUCACGGACAACGGCGUUCUGGACGCACUGCUCGGUUUUGCAAAAAUAUCGACAGUAUCUGCCCACCUCGGGGCCCAUGCAAGCUCCUGGUGUAAGAUAUUUGCUCGCUUUACAAAAUCUACUCAGCUCGAUCGCAAAAAAGGUAGGAAGAAAUUACUGAAGCUUGAACAGCUUUUGGUAAAAGCCUGGGCAAAUGUAUUUUGCUCGUCUUCAUCUUCGGUUGUUGGCGAACAGGAGAUCCAGCGGAAUGUGCAACAUUUCAUCUUUUUUCCAACGGUUGAUGACAACCAGCAAUGGGUAUCCGCUACCAAUUUCUAUAUCAAUGACCAAACCGAGCUGUCCAAGCAAGAUCUACAACAACCAGGACUAGCUGGACAGUUGAAAGUACUUGGAUUGUUUUCGUGGAACUAUUUCGUGGACAAUCCAGCAAGUGAAGACAGAGGUAGCGAGGCGACUCGGGUUCGCAAGUUUCUCACCGAGUAUUGUGGUAUGAAGUCGCUUAAGGAGCACUUGCAAUACGAAGUCAGUGUCCUUAGUACGCAGCAUCUUGCAAGUGAGGCUUUUCAUGAAAAGAUUCGCACUGCAUUUGUUCUGGCCCAGCGAUUCCUAUUCCACACCCACCGGCAUCUGUAUGAUCAGUUCCAUCAUGAAUCGAUAGCAAAGCUUGCGUCCGAGCUUCAGUGUGUUUUGGUUGAUGGUCACGAUGGGUUUCAAGUGGUGUAUCGAGUUGGAAAUUCGUUCAGUCUUCGCCGUGGAGCUGAUGCAUUGUCACAAUGCUUCCUCGAUGUCUCGAAAAAUACCCUGUAUAUGCAAUCUGUGACAGGAGACGAAGAAGUAAGUGCGCUCUCUGUGGUCUUAAUGGAGCUCUGUCGUAAACUUUUUGGUACUCAAGUGGCUUCUAGCGUUGCGAACUUGCUGUAUCUGAGUUUGUUGCAGCCUAAUUCUCUAUUGAGAGACCAGUGGCUAGUGCAGACCCAGCUUUUGCCUCCAUUUCCUGCCAGUGAAGCUGGAAGUUUGUGGGUAGAGCAAUUUACCACAUCUUCCACUGCUAACAAUGUUAAUCGAAAGCGAACGUCGAAAGACUUUGAAGAUGGCGAGGUUGCUGCAGAAGAUGGUCCGACGAAGAAACACUAUGCUCCACUGCAAAAUGACAAAACGUACAAUACUUCGUUGCCUCCGUUCGCACCAACAAACUACGGCACGGCUGGAAAUGGGGAAAGCUAUGACAUGCAGAUGCAAAGACCUUCGUACCUGCCCCUUCCACCAGCAAACGGAAGUGCUGACAGAGCUCCGCAUUAUCCACCGCUACCCCCUUCAUCAUCCUUUGGUACAGGGAUGCAAUCUCUGUCGUUGUCGAACACGAUGUCGAAGGAGGAACGAGAGGCUAUCGGUCGCUGGGGUGAGGAGUAUGUGUAUAACCAACUGAAGCAGCAGCAUGCUGACAGUGCGUCAAACCUGAUUGUCGAGUGGGUGAACGAAAAGGAGGAAUCCGGUCUCCCGUACGACCUCACGCUGUCAUCAGGAAAUAAAGUAGUGGAGUAUAUUGAGGUCAAGUCCACGCGCACGACGGAGAAGGGUGUGUUCGAGAUUAGUAUGAAUGAGCUGGAUCAAGCAGCAAUCCAUGGUUCGACAUACUGCAUUUAUCGCGUGUUUAACGCCGGUAACUCUGCAUUGUGCCGAGUAAUUCGCAUGAAGAACCCGGUAUCGCUGGUGCGCCAACGCAAGAUUCAGCUGGCUCUUGUCAUGCAGUGA